ACUGAUCAAGCAGUCGAUCACUAUUACCUGUUUUGGAAUAAAUUGUCUUGGCCCUUCUUUUCUCUGCAAACGGCUGAUCUUAAAAAUAUCAUUUAUUUUUAAAAAAAGCUCCUUUUAUCCCUAGUGGCCUUUUUUCCGUUUCCUUACUUCUUUUUUCAGCACCACUCUUCUACUUUUUAUUCUCCUCUUCUUCUUCUUUUUCUUUACUUUUUAUAGAGAAGAUGAUGGCAAUCGAUUGGCAACAACCUCAUACAAAACGACUAAUAUUUUCAUAUUUGAAUGAUUGGCUUCUUGUGAUUAUUAUGACUGCUGCUUUCUUUACUCUUGACAAGGCCGCUCCUUACCACAGAAAUUUCUCUGUUACUGACAAAACUAUUAUGUUUCCAUACACUGAACAUGAAGAAGUACCUGUUUGGGCACUUGGAGUUAUUUGUUUUGUUGCUCCUUUUGUGAUUAUUGGAAUUAUAUCACUUGGAGCUAAGAGAAAUCUUCAUGAUUUUCAUAGUGGUGUUCUUGGACUAUGUUUGGCUCUCAGUCUCAGUGUUGUAUUUACUCAAGCUAUCAAAGUUACUGUGGGACGUCCUAGACCUGAUUUUUUAUCGCGAUGUCAACCUGCUUUGAAUGUGACUGAUCCUCCUUUAGGUCUUUCUAAUUAUACUAUUUGUACCACUUCUAUUGAUUCUCCUUUGAUGAAAGAUGGAUUCAAAUCUUUCCCAAGUGGUCAUUCCUCGUUCUCUUUUGCUGGUCUUGGAUACUUGGCACUUUAUUUUGCAGGAAAACUUCGAUUGUUUGAUGAACGCGGGCAUACUUAUAAGGGCUUCACUUUUGUGUUCCCUGUCAUCGGUGCUUUAUUGGUGGCAAUCACAAGAACAAGAGAUUAUCGUCACCACUGGCAAGAUGUGACUAUUGGUGCUCUUCUUGGUGCUGCUUGUGCUUUCUUUGCUUAUCGUCAAUAUCAUCCCGCUUUAGGUCAUGCCAGUUGCCACAAACCUUUUGCUGUACGGUUCCAUCAAGAUAAUGGUCUUUUGCCUAUUUCAAACUCUACUCCUUUGGAUCAUCAUCGUACUGGAGGAAUGACUCGUGGAAAUGACAUAUCUGAAGAUGAGGAUGCGUUUAUGUAUAAUGAUGAUGCUAGUGGAUCACAUAGAGAAAGUGGAAAUCGACUAUUGGAUCUCAACAGUAACGGUUUGGCAAUGAACAAUCCCAAGAAGGACGACAAAUAUAACAACAAUGUCUACAACAUCCACAACUCGUAGUUUUUUUUUUCUUUGU